AUGGCGGAUUCGAGCAACAGUGCUGCGGCGGCUGGAGCCACAGGCUCGAAUACUGGCGCCUCCGGGGCUGUUGCGCCGGAGGGAGCGACUGGAGCUGCGGGGAUCAAGCCCGUGUUGGAGGUGGUAAAGGGGCAGAACUUUGACGUUGGCCCCCGCUAUGUCAACCUCUCGUACAUCGGGGAAGGGGCCUACGGAAUGGUUUGGUAAGAGAAAAUAUACGAUGUUCGUCGUAAAAACGUUGACUUCAGUAUAAAAAAACAAGCAAGCUAAGCUUCGUCUGAAGGCGUUGGCUAACUCCCUGCCUCCUCAUAUCGCCUAUUCAUUGACAUAAUAACAACUAUCUAGCUGUAAAUGCACAAUUCUGCACUUACCCUUGUUGUGUAUUCAUUUGCACUUAACGUUACCACUGGUAGUGAUAAACUAUUUCUACGUAGUUAACUGGCUAGCUAGCAACAGAUUGCCAGCGUUUGGCUCACUUAGCUAGCUAGCUACACUAGUAGUUAGGUUAGUAGGUAGCUACUAGCUAGCUAGCUAACGUUACGUUUUGUGGUUUUAGUAUGUCCUGAUGCCCACUAUUGUAUCCCAGUAUCGUGCACAAUUGUAUAAAAUGAAAAAGCUAGUUUCUACAAGACACAGCAUACGUCAUUUGUAGUAAAUUGUGGCAAACAACGCUAGCUAUCUAGCUAGUUUGCAAACUAACUAGCUAUAUAAUAACCGCAGGCUAACUCGCUAGCUAACAACGUUAGCUUACAAUUAGCUAAGUCGCUAAUAGGCGUGGUUAUUAUGAGGCUGCCAAGUUCUUUUUCAAUACAGGAAGUGGGAGGAAGUGAUUGCGCAGGUCUUUGUAAUCUUGAUACAGUAUAAACAGUCCAUUGUUCACACAGCUUGAGUCGUUUUUUGAUGGGCCAACUGUUACUAGCUAGUUAGUUAACCAACCUCACUGAUGAUAAUGACGAUAACACUUGUUUUCUAGUAGAAAAUGUCUCGAGGUUUUCUGUGCAAUAUUGCACAGUGCACAAGCUGCGCGUGAGAGUUUAAGCAAGAUCAAAUAUUGAGUUUAGCUCGAUUUCAGAUGUUUUCAUUGGUCCUUUUAUGCAAGAGGAAACCGCACUUUACAGCUCCAGCUAUAUGCAGUAUCAACAGUUUAUCUACCUCUGGUAGGUGUAAGUCAGCAAAGCAAGUUUUUACUUGCGAGUAAUGGCAAGCACUUCUGGCCUUAUCCAAGUUAUCUAAACAAUGGCUAGAUAAAGUGUUACACCAUUAUUUCAUACUUGACAUUUUUUUAACCAAAUGCACAACACACCAUAGCAUGCACACCACACUCUGAAUGUAAUCAAAAUAGUGUAUAGACUUUUACAUUUCCUUGACAGUUUUAUUUGCUAUGUUGUCAAAUAGAGCAAAACCCCUCUUCUGCAAUGGUUCCUCUUAGUUGGUCGUCUCAUUGUGCUCAUGCUCAGGUGUCAGUCAUCACUGUGUCAGUCAUCACUGUGUCACUAUUAUAAAGAACUAUCAUGUAAUGUGCUGGGCUUAUUGUGCUGGUUGUAACUGGAGCCCCCUCUCCCCCAUCUCUCUCUCAUCUCUCUCUACCCUCCCCUCCACCCCCCCCAUCUCUCUCUCUCUCUCCCUGUCUCUCUACAUCCCGUCUCUCUCCUAACUCUCUCCCAUUUCUCUCUCCUCCACCCCACCCAGCUCGGCCCAUGACGGCAUGACGGAUUCUCGCGUGGCCAUUAAGAAGAUCAGUCCAUUUGAGCACCAGACGUACUGUCAGCGCACCCUGAGGGAGAUCAAGAUCCUGCUGCGGUUCCGCCAUGAGAACAUCAUCGGCAUCAACGACAUCCUGAGGGCCCGCCGCAUCGAGUGCAUGAGGGAUGUGUAUUCUUUUACCCGGAAAGGGAAAGGGGGAUACCAGUUGUACAACUGAAGGCAUUCAACUGAAAUGUCUUCCGCAUUUAACCCAACCCAUCUGAAUCAGAGACGGAGGCUAAUGGGGAAACUGUCUGGCUCUCUGUGUGUGUGAUCUCUGCACACUUAAUAGUACAUUACUAGUGGUGGGGUAUGCUAAAUAAGUACAACAGAAUAGGCCUAAUUAAAAUAAUAGUGAUAAAGGAAACAAAAUAUGCUGGGUAGUGCAUGCCCAGAGCUCAUGGCUGAACAGUACCCGGAUUGAAAUUGGAGUGGGAGAGAAAGCCAACGGUCAAUAUAUAUAUAAAAAAAUGUUUUACAUCCCCUCCACUCACCUGCAAAAUUACGCAAGCAUGGCUCCUCACUCCACUCAGCUCACAUGCUCUGGUGUGGUAUUUAAAAAUUAUUCUGCUUGUCUCCAGUCAUGUAAAAUGACGUAGAAUUGCAUGAAAUGGGUUUAUCAAAGGCAGUUUUUUCUCGGACCCGCAAAUACCAUGAUAGAUUUAUGCAAUGCUUUUAUUAUAAAGUAGAUAUUUUCACCCCUACCCUUGUCUGCUGUGGUCUGCAAACCCACAACCUUCUGGCCUGCAGCCCUGCGCACUAUCAACAUGUAUACGUUGCUAUGUAAUGCUUACGAGACAAAUAACAGUUUCUAAAACUGCAUAUCUAAGGCUCUGGUCUGUCCAAGGAGUGAGGGUAAACGGUAGACAUGUUCUCUGCUAUCCACUUUGUUUUCAUUAUUAUUUAGGGUGUAGGGGAGGGUCACUUUUUUACGUGUUCAGGGAGGGUCGGGUACAAAUAUAUUUUACUGAAGGGAGGGUCAUCCAUUUUAAUUUCAGAGGUCCAAUUUUCUCCAGGUAUCCCUCAUUAUAAAUAACAUACCGUCCCUAAAUGUUUUCAUGAGCUCAGUAUUUCCUUGUUCCUAGGUUGACGAAAACAAAGGUUAAGAAAAUGUAGUACCGGUAAUUCCAUGCAGAAGCAUUGGAGAAAAAAACAAAUUAAUUGGACCUGCGCCAGAGCGGAAAUUACUGGAAGUGAAUGUUAGCUAUACAGGGGGGAACUAGGCGAUUAUUACGAUGGGUGUGUAAAGGCCUUUAUGCUUUCUAAAACUCCACCAAAAAUUCACACUUAACACAUGGAAUUGGUUACAGUCAGGUUCAAAUGGAUAUGUGGUUGUUGGCCCGCAGUGCCCGUAACUGUCAUAUGCCUCCUCAUCCUCUGUUGGCCCCUUGCUGGUUCCCAGCUAUAUACUACUGAACCUCAUGGAGACAGACCUUUACAAGCUUAGAUCUAACAGAAUAAUAAGGGUUAUGGUUGGGUCCCUCUCUGUUCGUUAGGUUCCUUAACCCCUUGUUUCCCAGCUACAUAGUGCAGGACCUGAUGGAGACAGACCUGUACAAGCUCCUGAAGACCCAGAUGUUGAGUAACGACCACACCUGCUACUUCCUGUACCAGAUUCUGAGAGGCCUGAAGUACAUCCACUCUGCCAACGUGCUGCACCGCGACCUCAAGCCCUCCAACCUGCUCAUCAACACCACCUGUGACCUGAAGGUAAUAAUAACCAGAAUACUACUACUAACCCUAACCCGAUAACUACAAUACAACUGCUAACCCUAACCCUAUAUCUACAAUAUUACUACUGCUAACCCCAACCCUAUAACUGCAAUACUACUAAUACUUACCCUAACUGUGACCUCAAGGCAUGGUUAGCUACCCCCUAUCCAUUGAUUUAAGAUCAGGGCCAAUAUUUAUAAAGCGUUUCAGAGUAUAAGUACUGUUCUAGGGUCAGUUUUGCCUUGUCAAUUAAUGGACAGGAGGCACCUGAUCCUAGAUCAGCACUUCUUCUCUGAGACACAUAUCAAUACACCCCUGGUUACCCUAGCUAUCACCCAAUCAUAACCCUAACCAUUAGGGAGUGGGGAAAUCUAACCUUGGACAAGUGGUUGGGCUCCAUCGUGUGAAGAAAAUGAUCUACUCUAUACUGUAUAGACUGAUCUUAACCAGAAGAUGGCGUAGUGGGGAUUUGCUUGCAUGAACAGGGGUGUAUUUAUUCAGCCGAUUCUGUUGCAAAACGUUUCUUAAGUGGAAGCAAACAAAACCAGGAGGGACUCAACUGAAUUUGUCCAAUACAAACUCUCGUUUUAGUUGCAGGCAAGUGUUUGGACUAAUGAUUACACCCCAGGUCAUUGUGUGUACAUGUCUGCAUGCUGCUCUGCGUGUUUUAACGACCCUCCUCUGUCAGAUCUGUGACUUUGGGCUGGCACGGAUAGCUGACCCAGAGCAUGACCACACAGGCUUCCUGACAGAGUACGUGGCUACGCGCUGGUACAGGGCCCCCGAGAUCAUGCUCAACUCCAAGGUGUGUGUGUGCAUUGAUUCCAUGUCUGUAGACCAUGUUUUAUCUGUCAGGGCUACUCCUAGUCCUUUGAUAGUGUGUAUGUGAAUUAAUGUGUUUGUACUAACUCCGUGUGUUGUUCAGGGCUACUCCAAGUCCAUUGAUAUCUGGUCAGUGGGCUGCAUCCUGGCUGAAAUGCUGUCCAACAGGCCCAUCUUCCCAGGGAAGCACUACCUGGACCAGCUCAACCACAUACUGGGUGAGAGAGAGACACAGGAUGCGACCCAAAUAGCAGCCUAAUCCCUAUCUAGUGCGCUUCUUUUAACUAGAGACUUAUGGGCCCUAGUCAAAAGUAGUGCACUAUGUUUGCAACGCCAGGGUUGUGGGUUCGAUUCCCACAGGGGGCCAGUAUGGGAAAAAAAAUAUGUAUGCACUCACUAACUGGAAGUCCUUCUGGAUAAGAGCGUCUGCUAAAUGACUAAAACAAUUCUGAGUUACAGCUCAUAUAAGGAAAUCAGUCAAUUGAAAUAAAGAAAUUAGGCCCUAAUCUAUGGAUUUCACGACUGGGAAUACAGACAUGCAUCUGUUGAUACCUUUAAAAAAAAAAUGGUAGGGGCGUGGAUCAGAAAACGAGUCAGUAUCUGGUGUGACCACCAUUUGCCUCAUGUAGCGCGACAUCUCCUUUGCUGACCAGUUGAUCAGGCUGUUGAUUGUGGAAUGUUGUCCCACUCUUCAAUGGCUGUGCGAAGUUGCUGGACAUGAACAGGAACUGGAACACGCUGUGAGCAUCCCAAACAUGCUCAGUGGGUGACAUGUCUGGUAAGUAUGCAGGCCGUGGAAGAACUGGGACAUUUUCAGCUUCCAGGAAUUGUGCACAGAUCCUUGCGACGUGGAGCUGUGCAUUAUCAUGCUGAGACAUGAGGUGACGGUGGUGUAUGGAUGGCACGACGAUGGGCCUGAGGAUCUCAUCCCGGUAUCUCUAUGCAAUGAAAGAGCCAUCGAUAAAAUGCAAUUGUGUUCGUUGUCUGUUGCUUAUGCCUGCCCAUACCAUAACCCCACCGCCACCAUGGGGCCCUCCGCAAACCGCUCGCCCACACAACGUCUGCCAUCUGCCCGGUACAGUUGAAACUGGGAUUCAUUGGUGAAGAGCACACUUCUCCAGCGUGCCAAUGGCCAUUAAAGGUGAGCAUUUGCCCACUGAACUCGGUUACGACGCCGAACUGCAGUCAGGUCAAGACCCUGGUGAGGACGCAUAUGAGCUUCCCUGAGACGGUUUCUGACAGUUUGUGCAGAAAUUCUUCGGUUGUGCAAACCCACAGUUUCAUCAGCUGUCCGGGUGGCUGGUCACAGACGAUCCUGCAGGUGAAGAAUCUGGAUGUGGAGGUCCUGGGCUGGCUUGGUUCCACGUGGUAUGCGGUUGUGAGGCCGGUUGGACGUACUGCCAAAUUCUCUAAAACGACGCGGUAGAGAAAUGAACAUUUAAAUUCUCUGGCAACAGCUCUGGUGGACAUUCCUGCAGUCAGCAUGCUAAUUGCAAGCUCCUUCAACUUGAGACAUCUGUGGCAUUGUGUUGUGUGACAAAACUGCACAUUUUAGAGUGGCCUUUUAUUGCCCCCAGCACAAGGUGCACCUGGGUAAUGAUCAUGCUGUUUAAUCAGCUUCUUGAUAUGCCACACCUGUCAGGUGGAUGGAUUAUCUUGGCAAAGGAGAAAUGCUCACUUACAGGGAUGUAAACAAAUUUGUGCACAAAUGGGAUCUCAUGAAACAUGGGACCAACACUUUACAUGUUGUGUUUUAUUAUUUUGUUCAGUAUAAAUGCAUUUUAUAUUUCCAUUUUCAAAGCAUUUCAACUGUUUGCUACAUUGUGUCCUACUGAACAGCACCAAGGUAUAAAGUGUUUGUUUGGUUGUGCAGGCAUCCUGGGCUCUCCCACUCCGGACGACCUGAACUGCAUCAUCAACAUGAAGGCCAGGAACUACUUGCAGUCUCUGCCUGAGAAACCCAAAGAUCCCCUGGAACAAGCUGUUCCCCAAGGCAGACAGCAAGGGUAGAACACACACACACACACAUUAUUGCAUUACAUUAUAGUAAUUUAUCUUACCCAGAGCAACUUACAGUUAGUGCAUUCAUCUUAAGGUCACUAGGUAAGACCAUCACAGUCAUAGUAAGUAAAACUGUUCCUCAAUAAAGCAGCUAUCAGCAAAGUCAGUGCAAUGUUUCGUGCAAGAAAGGCAAGUACAGCAGCAUUUCUAGUUUUUUUCACACAUGUACACAUUCUCACAUGCAUGUACACACACAUUCACAUGCUAACACACACAAAAUGCAUACAUUCACAGUUUUCACAUACAUUUGCAAGCAUUACAUGCAUACGCACAUACUCACACUUUCCCUUUUCCUAGCUUCACUAGCGGCCCCUGUUCUUCUACUCUGGUGUGAGCUUAUGGGAAUACCAGCUUUAGGUACACAGAGUAGACUUCAACCUAGUUAAAAUGGUGACAUUAGGUGUCUAUCCUUCCCUUUCAUGUGCGAUUGUGGUAUUUAUGGCUAAUCUUUUGAUUUUGGAAAUAACUAUCCCUUUAAAGGUCAUGAACAGUAAAAAUCAUGUUUUUCAUGAAAUUUGAUGAUAUUUGGAUGAAACAAGAUCGAAGUAUGAUGACCAAAGUAUGAAAAUGACUGUUGCUUCUACAUUGAUAAAGUUGGAUCAUAAAGUUAGUAGUCCCCUCCCCCAUGUCAAACGCUUGGAUUCAGGAGGUGGGAUUAUUAAGGGGAUAGGGUGACAUCACCCUAACUCAUUUUAAUACACCAAUGGUAAUAUGAUAUUCUCUUACCUAAUUUAAAUAAGUAUAGCCUUGUAACCAACAUCAGCGAAGGCGUGUUUGCAGAGGGGCGUGGUUUAUAUAGCUAGAUAGUUACUCUACUGGUGCCAAAAUGUAACUGUAGGGUGUCGGCAAAUAUAUAAUUAAAAUUGUACACUAUUCAUCUAUGGCAAGGAUACUUGUAUGUCUCCCCUUUCAUCUGUGUCUGGUGUUAGCUAGCUAGGUCUUCAGCCAGCAUGGCACAAAAGGGGUGAAUUGCAUCCCAAGAGACAUGCCAAACAUUGAUGCAAUUUCGAUGUUCUUUGAGUUGCUUUGUGUAUCACAAAAUUAGCUUUAGAUGAUUUUACUGCAACACUACUCACUGCAUCCAAGUUGCUUGACCUAGGUGUUUCAAAGAGCUGUCAGUCUUGGCGAGUUCAUGAAUGUAAGCUCCCCGCCUACUCAGACGGUCUUUUCAAACUUCCUAAUAGUUAGCCAUGAGAGGGGGAAAAUUCAUUUUUCUCAAAUGUUGAGCAUUUUAUAUCCAAAACAAAUAUUAUGGGUGAUAUUUUAGUAACUCAAAAGGCUAUUUUACAUGGGAAUCAGACUGUUCAGGACCUUUAACAACACUUUCCCAUCUCUCCCUCCUCUCCUCCCUCCAGCUCUGGAUCUGCUGGGCCGCAUGUUGACCUUUAACCCUAUCAAGCGCAUCACGGUAGAGGAAGCCCUGGCUCAUCCCUAUCUGGAGCAGUACUACGACCCCACUGACGAGGUAUGACAGCAGCAGCCUGCCCUCACGUACAGUAUUGCCCUCACAUACUGUAGUGCCCUGUCCAGAAACAAUCAAAGGCCCUUUUCACAUAUGAAAUUCGAUACCCUGGUUCAGUUUCCUGAAGCGUUUGAGAAUUCUACAAAAUAAAUAAAUAUUGGUAUGAACAUAACAUGAUUCAACAACUGAGACAUAAACUAAACAAGUUCCACAGACAUGUGACUAACAGAAAUUGAAUAAUGUGUCCCUGAACAAAGGGGGGGUCAAAAUCAAAAGUAACAGUCAGUAUCUGGUGUGGCACCAGCUGCAUUAAGUACUGCAGUGCAUCUCCACAUGAGGGAGGAGGAUGUCUUCUCUGUAACGCACAGCAUUGAGAUUGCCUGCAAUGACAACAAGCUCAGUCCGAUGAUGCUGUGACACACCCCCCAGACCAUGACGGACCCUCCACCUCCAAAUCGAUCCCGCUCCAGAGUACAGGCCUCGGUUUAACAUUCAUUCCUUAGAAGAUAAACGCGAAUCCGACCAUCACCCCUGGUGAGACAAAUCCGCGACUCGUCAGUGAAGAGCACUUUUUGCCAGUCCUGUCUGGUCCAGUGACGGUGGGUUUGUGCCCGUAAGCGACGUUGUUGCCGGUGAUGUCUGGUGAGGACCUGCCUUACAACAGGCCUACCUCAGUCCAGCCUCUCUCAGCCUAUUGCGGACAGUCUGAGCACUGAUGGAGGGAUUGUGCGUUCCUGGUGUAACUCAGGCAGUUGUUGUUGCCAUCCUGUACCUGUCCCACAGGUGUGAUGUUCAGAUGUACCGAUCCUGUGCAGGUGUUGUUACACAUGGUCUGCCACUGCGAGGACGAUCAGCUGUCCGUCCUGUCUCCCUGUGGCGCUGUCUUAGGCGUCUCACGGCACGGACAUUGCAAUUUAUUGCCCUGGCCACAUCUGCAGUCCUCAAGCCUCCUUGCAGCAUACCUAAGGCACGUUCACGCAGAUGAGCAGGGACCCUGGGCAUCUUUCUUUUGGUGUUUUUCAGAGUCCGUAGAAAGGCCUCUUUAGUGUCCUAAGUUUUCAUAACUGUGACCUUAAUUGCCUACCAUCUGAAAGCUGUUACUGUCUUAACUGUUCCACAGGUGCAUGUUCAUUUAAUUGUUUAUGGCAUGGGAAACAGUGUUUAAACCCUUUACAAUGAAGAUCUGUGAAGUUAUUUGGAUUUUUACGAAUUAUCUUUGAAAGACAGGGUCCUGAAAAGGGGACGUUUCUUUUUUUGCAGAGUUUAUGUUGUCACUCCAACUAUAGUAAUAAAGCCUAAUAUCGUGCAAGCCAUUUUAGCAUUUGAAUGCUGAAGGUGCUGCGCAGAUGUGCAAGAUCUGGGAGAGCCCACCUCCCUCCCGUUGGUCAGGGUGUGAGGCUUGGCACAGUGCGCAGGUUGACUGGGCUACUGAUAGGCGUAUAACGUUUCACCAAACCCACUGUAGCACGGAACUUCUCAUAUCCCACUCUGGAGUAAUGUGAUGGGCUGUCACUGCAAAGUAGCCCUGGAAGGCCAUUCAUACAGUAUGUAGUAAGUGCAACACAAGGUGCAUUGGACAAUUCAUUGACCACUUUGGCUUUAGCUUGCUUAUACGGAGUGGGUACUACUUGUUUUCUGAAAUGGCUGUGGGAAGUUCAUAAUGUGGCUCAAGCACUUUCACGAGGUGCUGAAACCCCCUAUUCUUCUCAACCACUGAGAAUGGGUGCAUAUCCGCGGCUGUUUGAAUGCAGAGGGGAGACAAAGGGUUUUAUUUUUUUCAUUUCAGUUUUGCUCUUGUGGUAGGAAUACUGGGGUGACGUCGGCGUGUCAACAUGUCAAAUCCAAUUUUAUUGGUGCCAUACACAUAUUUAGCUGAUGUUAUUGCGGGUGUAGCCAUAUGCUUGUGUUCUUAGCUCCAACAGUGCACUAAUAUCUAACAAUUCACAACAAUACACACACCUAAAGUAAAAUAAUGUAAUUAAGAAAUGUAGAAAUAUUAGGACGAGCAAUGUCGGAGUCCGGAGUGUAUAUGUAUGUGAUGGGAUGUAUAGACAUUAUCGACAGUGUGGGUAGAAUAUUUAGUAUAUUUGUAGAAUAUGAGGAUAGAAUAGUGUGUAUACAGUUGAAGUCGGAAUUACAUACACCUUAGCCAAAUACAUUUAAACUCAAGUUUUUCACAAUUUCUGACAUUUAAUCCUAGUAAAGAUUCCCUGUUUUAGGUCAGUUAGGAUCACCACUUUAUUUUAAGAAAGUGAAUUGUCAGAAUAAUAGUAGAGAAUUAUUUCCAGUGGGUCAGAAGUUUACAUACACUCAAUUAGUAUUUGGUAGCAUUGCCUUUUAAAUUGUUUAACUUGGUUCAAACAUGUCGGGUAGCUUUCCACAAGCUUCCCACAAUAAAUUGGGUGAAUUUUGGCCCAUUCCUCCUGACAGAGCUGGUGUAACUGAGUCAGGUUUGUAGGCCUCCUUGCUCGCACACGCUUUUUCAGUUCUGCCCACAAAUCUUCUAUAGGAUUGGUCAGGGCUUUGUGAUGGCCACUCCAAUACCUUGUCUUUGUUGUCCUUAAGCCAUUUUGCCACAACUUUGGAAGUAUGCUUGGGGUCAUUGUCCAUUUGGAAGACCCAUUUGCGACCAAGCUUUAACUUCCUGACUGAUGUCUUGAGAUGUUGCUUCAAUAUAUCCACAUCAUUUUCCUUCCUCAUGAUGCCAUCUAUUUUGUGAAGUGCACCAGUCCCUCCUGCAGCAAAGCACCCCAACAGCAUGAUGCUGCCACCCCCGUGCUUCACGGUUGGGAUGGUGUUCUUCGGCUUGCAAGCCACCCCCUUUUUCCUCCAAACAUAACGAUGGUCAUUAUGGGCAAACAGUUCUAUUUUUGUUUCAUCAGACCAGAGGACAUUUCUCCAAAAAGUACAAUAUUUGUCCCCAUGUGCAGUUGCAAACCGUAGUCUGGCUUUUUUAUGGCGGUUUUGGAGCACUGGCUUCUUCCUUGCUGAGCGGCCUUUCAGGUUAUGUCGAUAUUGAACUCGUUUUACUGUGGAUAUAGAUACUUUUGUACCUGUUUCCUCCAGCAUCUUCACAAGGUCCUUUGCUGUUGUUCUGGGAUUGAUUUGCACUUUUCGCACCAAAGUACGUUCAUCUCUAGGAGACAGAACGCGUCUCCUUCCUGAGCGGUAUGACGGCUGCAUGGUCCCAUGGUGUUUAUACUUGCAUACUAUUGUUUGUACAGAUGAACGUGGUACCUUCAGGCAUUUGGAAAUUGCUCCCAAGGAUGAACCAGACUUGUGGAGGUCUGAGGUCUUGGCUGAUUUCUUUAGAUUUUCCCAUGAUGUCAAGCAAAGAGGCACUGAGUUUGAAGGUAGGCCUUGAAAUACAUCCACAGGUACACCUCCAAUUGACUCAAAUUAUGUCAAUUAGCCUAUCAGAAGCUUCUAAAGCCAUGACAUCAUUUUCUGGAAUUUUCCAAGCUGUUUAAAGGCACAGUCAACUUAGUGUAUGUAAACGUCUGACCUACUGGAAUUGUGACACAGUGAAAUAAUCGCUCAGUAAACAAUUGUUGGAAAAAUUACUUGUGUCAUGCACAAAGUAGAUGUCCUAACCGACUUGCCAAAACGAUAGUUUGUUAACAAGAAAUUUGUGGAGUGGUUGAAAAACAAGUUUUAAUGGCUCCAACCUAAGUGUAUGUAAACUUCCGACUUCAACUGUAUAUACAGCAAUAGUUGAAUAGGAUGGCAUGGACUAGAAUACAGUAUAUACAUAUGAAAUGUGUAAAACAGUAUAUAAACAUUAUUAAAGUGACCAAUGAUUCAAUGCCUAUGUACAUAGGGCAGCAGCCUCCAAGGUGCAGGGUUGAGUAACUGGGUGGUAGCCGGCUAGUUACAGUGGCUAAGUACCAGGUGGUGAUACAGCCCGACACGAUGCUCUGAAUGAUGCAUCUGUAAAAGUUUGAGGGUCUUAGGGGCCAAGCCACAUUUCUUCAGCCUCCUGAUGGUGAAGAAAGCACAACAGUGCUGUUUGAGGUGUUGGCAGCUGCAUAGGCUAUUCUCGUUGAGCAGUGGCAACAUACUCUCUUUGUCCAUUGCCUUUAAUCUACUGGGAAGCCAACAUUUUCCAAACUGGAGAUUUUAAACGAUGAUGGAGAAUCCUCCUGGUUUAUCGACCCCACCACUCGCCAUUGUACAGAAUUAGGUCCCGGCUGUGCAUCACAAAAGGACAGUUUGAAAUGCGCCAAUUAAGAUUUUGAUUACGAUGUUUGCAUAGGCUCUAGUUUCAACGGAAUAGACUGAAAUGUAUUUUUCAGCUCAGAUUUACUCGAGGCAUACAACGCAGCGUAGGCAUAGCCUAUAGGCCUAGUGUUUUUAUAUAUUUUAUUUUAAUGUAUUUAUUAGGGUUCACAGUGCGUACCGAACCGAGGUCCCUGUACCUAACGCUUCGGUACGAAUAUGUGUACCUUACACCCCUAGUUACUGAUAUUCCCUAGGGUUGUUCGGCAUGCAAAAUUACUUUAAUUAAUGACUGUCACAGUUACAUGCUUAGUUCGACACUGAAGGAGAGGACGCAUCAGUUGUCACAAAAUAUGAGAUUUUCGGAAGGUAGAAAGAAAGUAAUAUGAGCAACAACAAAAAAUGUGAAUCAGCAAUUCGGAACGUUUGAAUCGAUUUUCUGACCGCUGCAUUUGGAUCGGUUUGGGGUCCGUGGACCGACGCAGUCGUAUCUUAAACAUUUGAAUCAGGGACUGAUGCAUAUCGGUAAAUCAUUACAUCCCUAUGGAUCAUGGUACCAAACGCUCCAGGAUCAUAUGUGAAAGCGCCCUACGGUGUUUAUGAUUUUGUGUACUGUUUUGAGUGUACUGUAGCCUAUUUGUUGUAUACUGUUAUAAAAUAUACUGAACAAAAAUAUAAACGGAACAUGCAACAAUUUCAAUGACUUCACUGAGUUACAGUUCAUAUAAGGAAAUCAGCCAAUUGAAAUAAAUUAAUUAGGCCUUAAUCUAUGGAUUUUACAUGACUGGGCGGGGGUGCAGCUAUGGGUGGGCCUGGGAGGGCAUUCCCACUGGGGAACCAGGCCCAGCCAAUCAGAAAUGUUUUCCCCACAAAAGGGCUUUAUUACAGACAGAAAUACUCCUCAGUUUCAUCAGCUGUCCGGGUGGCUGCUCUCAGACAAUCCUGCAGGUGAAGAAGCCGGAUGGAUGUGGAGCUCCUGAGCUGGCGUGGUUACACGUGGUCUGCAGUUGAGGCCGGUUGGACAUACUGCCAAAUUCUCUAAAACGACGGAGGUGGCUUAUGGUAGAGAAAAUAACAUUCAGUUCUCUGGCAACCGCUCUGGAGGACGUUCCUGCAGUCAGCAUGCCAAUUGCACGCUCCCUCAAAACUUGAGAGAUCUGUGGCAUUGUGUUGUGACAAAACUGCACAUUUUAGAGUGGCCUUUUUAUUUUCCCCAGCAUAAGGUGCACCUGUGUAAUGAUAAUGCUGUUUAAUCAGCUUCUUGAUAUGCCACACCUGUCGGAUGGAUGGAUUAUCUUGGUGUAGGAGAAAUGCUCGCUAACAGGAAUGUAAAUACAUUUGUGAAAAUUUAGAGAAAUACGUUUUUUGUACGUAUGGAAAAUGUCUAGGAUCUUUUAUUUCAGCUCAUGAAACAUGGGACCAACACUUUACAUGUUGCUUUUAUAUUUUUGUUCUGUGUAUAAACGCAACAUGCAACAAUUUAAAAGAUUUUACUGAGUUACAGGUCAUAUAAGGAAAUCAGUCAACGGAAAUGCAUUCAUUAGGCCCUAAUCUAUGGAUUUCACAUGACUGGGAAUACAGAUAUGCAUCUGUUGAUACCUUUAAAAAAAAAAAAAAUGGGGCGUGAUCCGAAAACCAGUCAGUAUCUGGUGUGACCACCAUUUGCCUCAUGCAGCGCGACGCAUCUCCUUCGCAUAAAGUUGAUGAGGUUGUUGAUAGGGGCCUGUGGAAUGUUGUCCCACUGCCUUUCAAUGACUGUGCGAAGUUGCUGGAUAUUGGUGGGAACUGGAACACGCUGUGAGCAUCCCAAACAUGCUCAAUGGGUGACAUGUCUGAGUAUGCAGGCUGUGGAAGAACUGGUACAUUUUCAGCUUCCAGGAAUUGUGUACAGAUCCUUGCGACAUGGGGCCGUGCAUUAUCAUGCUGAAACAUGAGGUGAUGGCAGCGGAUGAACGGCACGACAAUGGGCGUGUAAUGUGUAAUGAUCAUGCUCAUUAAUCAGCUUCUUGAUAUGCCACACCUGUCAGGUUGGUUGGAUUAUCUUUUGCAAAGGAGAAAUGCUCACUAACAGUGAUGUAAACAAAUUUGUGCACAACAUUUGAGAGAAAUAAGCUUUUUGUGCGUAUGGAAAAUUCUGGGAUCUUUCAUUUCGGCUCAUGAAACAUGGGACCAACUUUACAUGUUGUGUUUGUAUUUUGUUCAGUGUAGUAUUUUCAUUGUUUGUGUGUGUGUGUAUAGCCUGUAGCAGAGGAGCCGUUCACCUUCACAAUGGAGCUGGAUGACCUGCCUAAGGAGAAGCUGAAGGAGCUCAUCUUUGAGGAGACAGCCCGCUUCCAGGCCACCUACCAGGGCUCCUGAGAUAGAGGUACAUCUACAUAUAUACUCACAUCACUCCAUAACGAUUACUAGAGCUUUAAAAAAGAUAGGUGGGCAUUCUGCUCACGCACGCAGACACUUUUAGCUGUGUUUUUUUGUCAUUUUUUAUCCUGUUCAUUUGUGUUUCAGCUUUGAAGACGAGUGACAAAGGCACACGGAGGCUUGAAACAGGAAGACUCUAAACGACAAGAUACAAAAAAGCAUAUAUACAGCAUACAAAAAAAAGGACCAGAAACAUGUACAUUUAACCGUUUUUUUUUUCUUCUUCAAUUUCUAUCGCGGGAAGCUGUUUUUGGGUGGGGGGGACUGUUGUCUACUUAAAGGAAAGAUUCACCCAUUUUGAAUGUUAGUUUGUUUUUGUGCAUAUCUGAGUGAUGUGCUAUUGAUUCCCGGGUUAUUUAAUGUUUUCAUGUAUAUCUGAGCUAUUGCCAUUCAAGCAGGCAGAAAUCCGGACGGUAUGUUGUAGCAUUGCGAUAAAGCCGCUCUCAUUACACUGGAAGUUAAUAGGAAUAUGACUUUUAGAUCGCAAAAACGUCUAUAAUGCAUGUCAGAUUUCGAUACUGGCCGAUGUCAUAACGCUGGAGGUUGUCUGAGCUAUCAUAUUUUUGCGAUAUUCCUACCUCGAGAUGUGUAAUGUACACCACAUUUCUCCUAUUUGUCUGCCUCUUUAGUCCAUGGCCGUUGCAAAUGUCAGACUCCACUCUGCGAGGCACAUCGAUCUGCAGGUUAAACAUGGUGAGAUUGUACACUCCUAAAUUGAUAGUGCAGUUUGAAUAGGCGAUUUUACAACCAACUAUUUCACAUGCUGAGAUUGACUCUGGUGUUAUUGUGUGUAGCUACAUUUGCUAGCUAGCUUGCCAGCCAGUCCAUAGAAAGAAUUGCAUUGUGGGUUUUGUAGUCGACUUGAGCUGCAGCAGAUUUCCACAACUAUUUUCACGUUGCUACCAACCUUAUUAUAACAGCAAAAUGAAACUGUUCACCAAAAAAAGAUUGUUCUCAGUGUUAUUUAACACUGUAAAUUAUAGGAAUUAGUGGUUUUGGGUGGAUAUUUCCUUUAAGUACUACUGCGCUCAUUUUAACCACCAUCAGGAUACUCUUCCCUCUUUCUCUUCUUUUCCUGCUUUUCUGCGUGGAGUGUGUACUGUUUAAAAAGCAAGAACUUAAUCUUACUCCCAUCUGACCAACUCCAUUUACCACUCUCUUCCCUGUGAGCCUAUGUUCUCUAUUUUUUCCCUCUCUCUGUGAAUCUGUGUUCUUUCUUUCCAUCUCUUUCUCACUAGUCACAGUAUAUGUUACUGUAUUAACCAACUGUCUGUCUUGCUCCAUGGAAUUAUUGUUAAAAAAGAACAGGAAAAAAAAAAAGGAGAUAGACGGGCGCUAUUUGGGUGUGUACAUAUAAAUGGUUUUGUUUGAGUGAUCUCGUGGCGGUUUGGUUUGUACACCGUUAUUUGAAUGUUUAUAAUCCGUCAGGAGUCGUAUUUGUAUGUUUUGAAGUUUAUAUUUGAGAAUAAUUUUUUUGGAACACUGAUUUCUAGACAUUCUUUACUUGCGAAAACAUGCUGGUAGUUUUAUAUUUCGUUCUCUUUUUGUAUUUUUCUUCUUUUCUUUAGAACUAUGUAUGUUGUUCAUCUGAAUGAACAUGCAUACGUUCUUGAAAUGUACCAAGGAGGCAUGAAAUGUACCAAGGAGGCAUGGCGUGAGACAGGUGAAUGGUUUGAAUCGUCUUUGUACUGUAACCCACAGCUGGCUUUCUCCAUCCACACUUAUUCAAAGAGGACGUCAGAGUUUUCAGAUAGAAAUACAUGGCCUAGAACGGGCACGAUUACGUGAUUCCCUAUUCUAUCUAUGUUAGUCUCUGACUCACAAACGCCGAUCAGCGACAUGCCACAGACUCUCAUCACUCCUUAAAUGGGAGGUUAAGAAAAACUGCCAAUCUUUGUUGGAGAGGGGUACCUAAUAGUAUGUGUCUCUUCUCCCAAAACAAAAUGUCACCAAAACCACAUUCAAGUUGAAAUCAGCCUCCAUAUUAGAAAAAUUCAAAUUUCUCCUGUCUCUGCCAUUCACCUCUCUCUCUCCUCCCUUGUGUCUGGUAUUAUUUCAGGGAGGACAGUGGAUGUGUAAAUACUGUAUUUAGUUGUGGAGGGUGGCAGGCAGAAUCAGCAGAUAUACGGCUGAUAUUUACUUUACGCUUGUGUUAAACUGAUAAUGGUUGCCACGGUUACGGUGUCUAUGGUAAUUAGAGUGGCUGAUUUGCUCUUUGUUUCCUCCUAAUGUGCCGUGUUUCAUGGUGGGCGUCGCUCAGAGCUUAACGCAUCGCUGUCACAUUUUCCACUCACAUCUAACAGUGGACCGCUCCAUUUUGCCGUAGCACAUCCCCAGCCCCUCAGAAUCCAUAAGCCUCUAUUCACGGUAGAGGUGGCCCUAUUUUCAGAUCUGGGAUCAGUUUAGCCUCUCCUAAUCCUUACAUUUAGCCAUUCAAGGAGGCGGAGAGUAAAUCUGAGUCCAGGGCUGUGUUCAGUACGUUUUUAAGUUCUGGAACGUUCAAUUGAACAGAAACUGU